AUGAUGACUUCUACAGAUAAAGAAGAAGAUAUUGAAGAUACUGAAGGUAUUGAAAUUCUUGUUCCAUACGCUAGAGUUAAUGUAUCAUUUCUCGAAGCAUGUAUUAGCGAUGAUACUAUUAAAACGGACUCUUUAGGUCCGUGCCAUUUCUUCUUAACUGAUUUUAUGAAGAAUGGUGAACCAAAUUGGUAUUUAUGUUAUUACACAUUUGCAUUUGAUGAAGCCAAGUUACCUGUUGACAAAGUUCUCGUCGAGUAUUUGAACUUGAUUUGGGAAUCAAUAAUAAAAGGAAUUGAAAACAACAGCAUGUCUAAGGAAAGUUUAUCUACUACAAGCCUUUCACAAUUUCGGCUUGUCGUUGGAGGUGGUGAUGUGGCCGAGGCAUUAACAACUAAUCGUCUUGUAGAAUAUCCCGGUCUUUGGAUUCGUUAUUCAUGUAUAACGAAAAAUACAACAUUAGGUAUUCAUAAGGGUGUGGGUGUGGGUGUGAGUGUGACUGAAAGAACAACACCAUCACCCACAUCCACACCCACACCCACACCCACACCCACACCCACACCCACACCCACACCCAC